AAUGGCAAUGGCGCAAUGGCGCAAUAGCCCAAUGGCAUUGGCUGCUUGUUAAUCCCACUGUUCCGUACAGCUGCAAGAAUGCAAAGCAUCGCAACCUCGCCAUCCUGCCCUAAUGCAGCCUUUGCAGACACCCAGAGGCUCUCUCCGCGUCCAGGGUAUGGUGUGCAUGAUGGGAAGAGCUGGGCUAGGAGCUAAAAGCUGCCAGCCCAGUGUCGUCCUUACAGCUCCCGCCGGCCAUCGCCGUCGACCACCCUCACCAUUCGGCGGCCCGCUCUUGCUUAGCCCUAACGAUGUUCUUUGGCCGCCCUGUCCACGGUUCCAAGCUGGGCUGUCAAUCAGCCUUGCUUGGCCAACAAAGCACAACGCCAUGGAGCCCCCCUGCUCGCCUGCCCAUCGACAGCCCUCUCCUCAAAUCGCGGCCGUCCGAUGGCGGUGCUGGGAGGGGUUGCAAAUGACGUUACCGCCUAAACAAUCAUGUUGGACGUGUCUUCUUUUCGGCAAUGCAUUCAACACAAUUCAGCUUGACAACUACUUGACGACCCAUCUCUGCCCAACUCAAUGCCGUUGGCCAUGUCCGCCAGCCAUUGCUUGGGGCAUAAUGAAGCAUCGAUGGCCCUGCAAGCCGGACUCACCGACGGCGCAUCAGCAGAGUUGAUGCCGAGCAAUUGCGGCACACUCAAAUGUGCAGUUCCCUCGGCGCACGAGCCCCCCAUCAGCCACGAGCCAGUGUGCACAGCGCACGCGACUUUGACGAUGGGGGCAAGACGUUGCGAAGGUGGAAAGGGAAAGCAAACGACACGCUCGGUUGAUCGGCUGAUGAGAUGUCGAACGAACCAGGACGC